AUGAUUUCCACCAACUCAACGUCGCUGCGACCCGGUCACCACCGCCGUCAGCUCUCGACUCCAGCACCCUUCGACGCUGCAAUCACCCCGCAAGCCAUGUCUGCAAUCCCCACCCGCCGAACACAUCGCCGGGGACAGACAAUGGAUUACGGCUCGUAUGGUCAACAGAUUCCCGCCGUUGACCAACGACAUGCCUCGAAGACUGUCCCGGAGCUUCGAGACUUCUUUAACGCAAAAUCAGCAGGUAUUCCUCAACAGGCACGUAAUCUGCAACAGUUCCCCGCCUACAUUCAACGAUCAGAGCACUCUUCUGUGCCAAGUGGACUGCCUGUGCUGCAACAAUCCUGUCAAUAUCAGUCAUUACCCAUGUGGAGCCAAGCGGAAUUGCAGGGACUAUAUUCGGCAUCUGCUGCUUCAACUUCCCCUGCAACAACAAUUGCCCCGGCCCUUUCAAGAUCCGCUAGUGAAAGCUCAGACAAGAAUGCUUCGUUGACAAGUGCCCUCUACCGUAUGCGUCAGGAGCGCAAUCUUUCAAUGAUGCAAAGAGAGCAAACCACCAGACACCCUCGAGUGAUGCAACCACUCUCUGUUCAACCAGAGGGUAUUUCUCCCAAGAUGAACCCAUAUCUUUGUUACACUUCCCCCCUUACCCCCGAGUCUACCCCGAUGAAGGGUUCCUUUGAUUUUACCAUGUACAGCAAUGACCAGACCCCCACCAAGUCCCAGAGCUUUUCAAUUCCCCGUACCCCAGUCAGCUCCGAAAUGCAGAGAGCCAAGUCUUUCCAAGGAGUUUCUUCGGCUAGUCCUGUGCAGCUCAAGCAUCAUAUACCGUCUCCCGCUGAAUCGCCCUCUGUCGCCUUCGCCGAAUUGGCUGCAAUGCCCUCUCCAGGGUCCUGCAGUCUAUCUGAUGGCCCAGAAACACCCUCAUUGGGUGGUCGUCAAGAGCGUGCAAACUCGAUCGAGUCAUCACUCAUGAGAUCUGGAUCCGAAAUGGGUGCCGAACCAAUUGACGAUUUCGACCUUGAUGCUCGUGUGAAGGCAUCCGUUCGAGAGACGGGUGUCUCCAACGAUGAGAUCAACAAGUACAUCUCUGGACCCGAUCCUAAGGACGGAAAGUGGGUGUGCUUGUGGCAUGACUGUGAGAAUUGCCGCUUCGGUCGCAAGGAGAACAUCAAGUCCCAUGUGCAGACCCACCUCGAUGACCGGCCCUACAAGUGCGAUGUUUGCGACAAGAAGUUUGUCCGAGGCCACGAUCUCAAGCGCCACCUGAAGACCCACACUGGCAAGAAGCCAUUUGCCUGUCGCUGCGGUGCUAGUUUCGCCCGGCAAGAUGCCUUGACCCGUCACCGCCAGCGCGAUAUGUGCGUCGGAGGCUACAAUGGCCACACUUUGAAGACCACGAGACGUGGCCGUCCACCCAAUAAGAACCGCCCCGAUAUCGAAACUCGUCAGACCAAGUCCACCCGUACCCGCCAACGCGUUGCCGAAAAGACCGAGUCUUUCACUCCGAUUAAGGCGGAAGGCACUCUUCUCCAGGAGCCUCCCGUUUUUGCAUCGCCUAAUUAUGCCCCGUCCAACAGCUUGUCUUCGUUCACGCCACCUACCUCUCCCGGCGCUAAUGAUGUCCCGUCACCUCUGCCGGCUGGAAAUUCGUUUACAUCUCAAUUUGAAGAUGAUCUGCUCCCGCCUCUGUCGCCUCCACAAAUGGCCCAUGCCCGAUAUGAGCAAGCCAUUGCUCAGUUCAACCCAAACAUGGUUGGAGCGCCUGGCUCUCAAGAGUAUCUCUACAGUGACCCUGCCCUUUCUCCUCAUGAUAUGUCUUCGCCCCACACUGCACCCACGCUGGCCGAGUCCUCCGUGGGCUCGGAGAUUGAUUUCUUCAUGACUCAAGAUCCUUCAGAGCAAGUGCAGGAAGAGUUCGGCAACAUCACCACCCAGGCACUGUCCAGCUUCUCAAACACAUACUCUUAUGUCGAUUCGUCCGAUUUCCCUAGCUCGUCGUUCUACACCGACAUGCCGGAGAAGCCUUUCUCCGGCCUCAACCCCCUGGACGAUCCCUACUCGGACCAAAUUGACUCGCUCUCCAAUGAGUUCUUGAUUGAUCCUUGA